AUGGAUUCCGAUGAUUCAUCUGGAUCUUCUAACGGUCACGACGACUACGCAGAUCGUUUCCAGGCUAUACUACAACGAGCUGCCCAAGUAGUUCAAAGGCGUCUUGCUGACCAACCUGACGCAGUCAUUCACCGAAGGGUUCCAGUUGACCGUAAUCGUAUUGAAGCACAUGCGCGUUUGAUGCAUGACUACUUCAAUGAUCAACCGCGAUACAACUCGAGACUUUUCAGAAAAAGGUUUCGUAUGACAAAACCUUUAUUUAUGCGGAUAGUCGGUGAUUUGGAGGCUAGGUACCCAUAUUUUCAGACGAGAUAUGACCGGGCUGGGAGAAAAGGGUUCGCCGGGGUACAGAAGUGUACAUCUACAAUUCGCCAAUUGGCAUACGGCGUGAAUAGUGAUUUCCUUGACGAGUAUUUGCAGAUGUCUGAGCGAACUUCAAGGGAAGCGUGUCUAAAAUUUUGUAUCGGUAUACGGGAAAUUUAUGGGCCAACAUACCUACGGAGACCAACUUCGACCGAUCUGCAUCGUAUGUACUAUGUCCAUGAACAACUUCUUGGUUUUCUCGGUAUGAUUGGUAGUAUUGAUUGUAUGCAUUGGCCAUGGGAGUUGUGUCCGGCGGCUUGGCGAGGUACUUACACGAGCGGUCAUGUGGGUAGACCGUCAUUGAUAUUGCAGGCUGUAGCAUCCAACGAUCUAUGGAUUUGGAAUGCUUAUUUUGGACAGCAAGGUUCGCACAAUGAUAUCAAUGUGUUUGAAGCAUCGCCGAUUCUUGAGGAGAUUAUUAACGGCUUGGCACCUAGUGUUCCGUUUUCGGCAAACGGAAACCAUUACGAGAAGGGCUACUAUUUGGGCGACGGCAUCUAUCCUGAAUAUGCUACGUUUGUGAAGACGUUUUCCGACCCGUUUGAUGAAAAAAGAAGACUUUUUAAGAAAAAACAAGAGUCGGCACGAAAGGGUAUUGAGCGGGCUUUCGACGAAGGGAAAGCCGUGUGCCAAGACUACAACGCUCAAGAACCGAGCCUAAAUCCCGCAUAUUGGAGUCAACAAACUCCAAUGGAAGUUCGGAUCCAAAAUCUGUGUACCGUUAAAAACCGAGAAACCCACAACAUGCUAACGACAGAUUUGGUUGACCAUAUUUGGGCGAACACACCACAUGACUUCGAGCAUCCAGCCGAUCCCUUCGCCGAUCUUCGAGAUAAUGUUAGCACCGACGAUGACGACUCUGAUUAG